CCCUAAUCCGAGCCAACCUCCUUCCCAAAGCCCAUUACAGCGCGUUUGAUUCUACUUCCCGCCGUUGCUCCCUCCCCCUCUCUCUCUCCGCGAUUUAAUGGAUCCAAAUCCUCAAGAACUCCUCGCCGACACCAACGUCUCAUCAGAUUCACAACUUCCAACCACCACUAGGCGGAGGAGGAAGAGAAAAUCUAUGGUUUGGGAUCACUUCACAACCGAAGCCACGAGCUCUGACACCACAAAAGCCUUUUGCAAACACUGUAACAAGUCAUACGCUUACAUAAACGGCGCUAAAGCCUCUGGAACUAGUCACCUAAAGCGUCACAUUGAGUUAGGUAUCUGUGCUAAGUGCCCUCAGACGAGUCUCACUACCCCUCAAGUCAAGAACGAGAACGAUUAUUCUUCUUGUCAUCCCAAGAAACGUUCUUUUGUCGCUUUAGAUGAAGAUUUUUGUAGCCGUGAGAUGGUUAAGAUGAUUGUCAUGCAUGAUUACCCUCUUCACAUGGUGGAGCAUUCUGGUUUUGGUUGUUUUUUAAAGGCGCUUCGUCCUCAGUAUAGUGUGGCGAGGUUUGAUACUGUUCUUGGGGGUUGUGUUGGUAUGUUCUUGUCUGAGAAGGAGAAGGUUUUGGAGUUUAUUGGGGAGAUUCCUGGCGGGGUUAAUCUUACGGUUGAUGUGGGGGUGUCUAAGGAAUCAGUGGGUUAUGCUUUUGUGACGGGACAUUUUGUUGAUAAAGAUUGGAAUUUGAGUCAUCGUCUUCUGAAUGUUGCGGUUGUGGCUUGUCUUGAUUCGGAUUUGGCGUUGAACCGGGCUGUUGCGGGUUGUUUAUCUGAUUGGAAACUGGAGGGGAAGAUUUCGAGCAUCGCUGUUAGCCAGUCGUUAGUGAGCAAAACGUGUGUUGAGAGUCUCAGAGGUUUCUUGUCGUCUAGGAACCAGCAUGUGUUGAAUGGUCAGUUGUUGAUGGGGAAGUGCUACGCUCGUGUUUUAAGUAGUAUGGCGUUAGAUGCGCUUGUAGAUGAGAAGCUUCAAGUAAUUGUAAAGAAAGUUAGAGAUAGCAUCAAGUUUGUUAAGACGAACGACGCUUGUGGAGAUAAGUUUGAUGAAUUGAAGAGACUGUUUCCGACUGAUGUUCCGUAUAGUGAUCUUCUCUUUGACAACCAAACGAGAUGGGACACGAGUUACAACAUGUUGGUGGCUGCGUGUGAACAUAGACAAGUGUUUUCUUGUUUGGAAACAUGCUAUCCUGAAUACAAAAUAUCAAUAUCUCCUGAAGAGUGGGGAAAGAUUGAGAGCCUAUGCUCGUGCUUGAAGGUUCUUUUCGAAGCGGGUAAUGUCUUGACUAGGCCAAACCAUUUGACAGCAAACGAUUUGUACCAUGAGAUGACCAAGCUACAGCUAGAGCUGAGCCACGCAGCCAUGUGUGAAGACUUGGAUGUCAGGAACCUUGCGAACUCUAUGAGGGAGAAAUUCGACUUGUACUGGAGAGGAUGCUUCCUGGUUUUGGCGGUUGCGGUGGUCAUGGAUCCUCGGUUCAAGAUGAAGCACAUUAAGGAAACGUUUACGAAUGCCUAUGGUGAGGAUGCUGAAGACUGGAUCAAGAGCGUCAGUGACGCCGUCCAUGAUCUGUUCCUUCAUUACAGUGAACACAACCUGGAUGAUUAUGUGGAUCAUGAAUAUUCGGAAAUAGAGGUGGCUCAAGAACCUGAUUUCCAACAAGACAUACCUCAAGAUGCACAAUCAGUAGAUGAGACAAGUCCACAAGUAGAGCAAAUCAUAGAGUCGCAUUCAGUAACAGAGGAAGAGCACGCCUCAAUAACAGUAGAGGAAACUACAGUGUGUAAAGUAGAUAAGCUGAGUGUGGAAGGGGUAUGUGAGGUAGUGAGUGAAGAGGAUCAGCAACUUGGUGAUGAAUCUCAAACACAUACACUAGCAGAGGAAGACCACACGUUGUUUAUGGGUGACGAGCUUCUCGAGGAAGGGUCUACACUCGUCACAAUAGGAGACUUUGAGAUUGAUAUGUCACUGUCAGAUAUGAAAACGGAGAUGGAUCAAUACCUAGAUGAAUCUUUGGUUCUGAUGUCUGAUUCCUUCGACGUUUUGAACUGGUGGAGGCUCAACAGCAACAACUACCCUACCCUCUCAAAGAUAGCUGUUGAUCUUCUCUCCAUACCUUUUAGCACAGUCUCACCUGAUUCCGUAUUCGACACAGAAGUGAAGCAGAUGGACAGUUACAGGACUUCUCUUCCUCGUGUAACCUUGGAAGCUCUCUUGUGCACCAAGGACUGGCUCAAAAACCAAACACUAUGAAAAAAAAUCUUGAGGUUUUAACUCUGUUCUUUAGAUUCGUUUUGAAGUUAGUUUUGGGUAACUGAAACCAUGUUGUAAGUGGAAGGAAACUAUCAGUAUUACCAUUCGCCUUUUGAUUGCAUUGAUGUAUUGGAUUCUGAUUCAGUCUCACUCAUGAA